CUCUCGCCAACUUGCGAAUAACCGUCUCUGCAAUCUGCACCUUCUCGUCUUCGCUUCUCUCUCUCUCUCUCUCUCUCUCUCUCUCUCUCUCUCUCUCCAUUUCUAGGGUUUCUCACUUCUCCACACUCCAUUCUCAAACCUUUAUUCCCCUCUCAAAAAGUUUUCCUUAAUUAGUAACAUUUGCUCUUGCGAGUUGCGAUAAUCGUCACAAAGAUGAGUAUGCACAUUUUCCUUAAAAAAGAUCAAAAACUUAUAUGCCCUGUAAAGUGUUCUGAUCCACCAGUUGAACUGCCACAAGAGUUAAUCAUAAAGUGUAUGUUUAAACAGAAGAAGAUGUCUGGGCUUUCUAAAUUGCCCCAAUUUCCACUUACCCGCGCGCCAUCCAAUCCACGUGAUGAGUAUGAGUGGGAGAAGUUCUUGAGUUUCCUGCACGAACAUGACCGUGUUGCUUAUGGAGAGUUUGAGCAGAUCAAGUUUUACAUUCUUCCUCCUGCUAAAGCCUCAAAAUUUAGCCCAAUCAGUUUUGAAUACCAAAUAGACCACACACGUACUGUAGAUACUCGUCCGAGGGAUUGUGAAUCAGAUGUUUCUUUAGCAGGUUCGCACUUAGCUGAGGAAUGUGUUGGACAGGUUAAUGCCAUGGGGAGAUGUCUAGCAAACGGUGCAGAUGUUUGCUCUUCAGAUCUUAAGAUUCCUCCCGUUGAAGAUCGUGCUAAUCGUUUUACUGCUGAAACUUGUGGUGGAUAUCAAUCUCACGUGAAGCAGGAUAGAAUCCUUGAGAAAAAUUUAAUUCGGGUAGACCCAAGUUACCUGAAAACUCUUGGACAGGCUCACUCUGGAUGGGUUUUUGGUGGAAUAGCAGAGCUUGUUGAUAAUUCAAGGGAUGCUAAAGCUACUAAGAUCGAUAUUUCUGUAGAUAUGAUAAAGCUGGAGAAAUCUGGGAAGGAUGUUCCUAUGUUGUCAGUUAUUGAUGAUGGUCAAGGGAUGGACCAUGAUGAGGUUGUGAAAAUGGUGUCUUUUGGACACAAGCAACUUGAUAAAGAUGACAAGGAUCACAUUGGCAGGUUUGGUGUUGGAUUCAAGACAGGAGCAAUGAGGCUUGGGAGAGAUGUGCUUGUUCUUACCCAGACUGCUAAUUCAAGAUCAAUAGCAUUUCUUUCACAAUCAUUGAAUGAAGGCAAAGAUAAUAUCGAGAUUCCCAUAGUUAGUUACAGACGACAGGGACAACGUAUGGAAGUUGAUACUGAUGUUCAAUCAGAAGCUCUUUCAAAGUCCAAUUUGAAAGCUAUUAAGGAAUAUUCACCGUUUGACAAGUACCUAAUUGGUGAAAAGACAGCUUUGUUUAGCGGUGGUUCGGGAACGCAAAUAUAUAUAUGGAACUUGGACCGAUGGGGGUCAGAAUAUUGUCUUCAGUGGCAAAAUGGUUUGAAAGGUGGAAGUUCAUUCCACCAAGGUGACAUUCUAAUCCGCAGCAGAAGAAGUCGCUCUCGUCCAGGGCAAAUUAAUCAAAAGGUUCCAUUGGAUUACUCACUGCGAGCUUAUUUAGAAGUCAUCUUCUUAGUUCCACGAAUGAAGAUGAGUGUUCAAGGGACACUGGUUAAAAGUCGUCCACUGGCAAAUUUCCUGACUAAAACUGUUAUCGAAACUGGUAUAAUCUUGGGAAGGCCUGUUGAAUUAACUCUAGGGUUCAGUCAAUUAGAAUGGGAGCAAGCAAGCUGUGGAAUAUUUUUGUACUGGCAUGGUCGCUUAAUUGAGGCUUACAAAAGAGUUGGUGGCAUGAUUCAUAGUGCAGAUGUGGGACGGGGUGUAAUUGGUGUCGUAGAUGUGUCCAACUUAAUGGAUGAGCAGGAUGGUCGUGUGUGGGUGCAUAAUAACAAACAGGGAUUCCAAGAUUGUCAAUCGUAUGCAUCUCUUGAGGAGUGGCUUGGUAGAAGAGCAGAUCAAUAUUGGGACAAGAAUUUUGAUUCACUUGAGUUGGACAAAGGUAAUUGUGUCUACAAACCCGAUUGCGAAUGGGUCCAGUGUGACAAGUGCAGAAAGUGGAGAAUAUUGCCUCCUGAUUUCGACAGCAUGAGCUUACCUACUCAAUGGUUCUGUUAUAUGGAGCCUUUCAAAGGUAAAUGUGCAGAUGUUGAACAAAAGCAGAAGCCUGGCAUAGUCGUCGUUUCCACAAAGCGAUCUACAGAUGAUUGCGUGCUGAAAGAUUCUGAUAGUACAAUGAUUGAAGCUGAUACGGAUGCUUCUGGAUCAGAUGAAAAAUUGGCCAAAGCUGAGGAUUUCAAAUCUACAAACUUAAAGCGGUUGAAAAGGGGACUUCCAAGAUAUGAGGAUGCCAGAUCCCCGUCUUCAACAAAGCCGAGAAAGGGAUAACUGCACAGAUAAAAUAGGCAUUCCAGUAUUGCCACAAGAACGAUCAUCUUUUUUUUUUGAAGGGCAGAGAAAUCUUCACAUUAUUUUGUUCAGUUGGAAGGUAUCAAUCAAAAUAUCAAACAUUUUGCUCAAGUUAAUAUUCAGUCUGGCAUGAUAAUAGACUGUAAAAUGUUGUCCAUGCUGCCCAAGUUCAGGUAUAAAAGAUGCGGUGGAGCUCACGGAGGUGUUUGGUGGAACAUAUUUUUUGUCACGCUGAUGCAUGAUUGUGUGCCUGUGUCAUGUUGCUACUUUUAUACAUUACAUGGUUGCUGAUGAAAUCCUUGAGACAACCGUUAAGAGAUUUUGGUACACAAUGUUGUUAAUAUACUUGCCGGUUUUUGUAUAUAUAAUCAGUAGUAAUCAAAAUUUGGUUUCUCCCACUCAUGAAAAUGUAUUUACGUCUUGAGACCA